CCUAGCCGCAAACUUGGCGAGAAAAGCAGCGAACCGAAAACUCUGUUUCGCACUUCUGUGUUGCUUUUAUCGUUCGAUAUUUUAGAGUUUGUCUUGUUUGGUGUGACAAUUUUUUACGGAACAAGGAACAUGCUGAUCUUGUGGAAACCGACAGACGUUGACGUGUGGCAUAGAACAAGCGCGCAAUGUCAACGACCUUUAAGCGCUUUGGUUGUAACUGCUUCUUUUGUCGUUUAUUUACUGUAUUGCCGCUUCACCCCAAAAUUGUCACUUCGGGACCAGCAGCCCACCACUAUUGUUGCAUCUCACCAUACACUAAUACUUAAGGAUAAACGCUAUGCACACCUCACUUUCUCCUAUGUCCCCUCCAUAUCGUAAACUCACAAGGUGUAGAAGUGUCGAUGACUAGAUUUGCCCACAAUUUUGAA